CCAGGAACAGUGGAAAGAGCUUUUGUACAGUCUUCCUGUUGUGAAGAAGUGGAAAUCUGUCAGCUGUCAUUUCAAAACAAACAUGAGUGAGAGACAGGGUACUGGAGCAACAAAUGGAAAAGACAAGACAUCUGGUGAGAAUGAUGGACAGAAGAAAGUUCAAGAGGACUUUGACAUAGACAUGGACGCACCAGAGACAGAACGGGCUGCAGUGGCGAUACAGUCUCAGUUCAGAAAAUUCCAGAAGAAAAAGGCAGGAUCCCAGUCUUAGUAGCUACCUUGUAGUUUAAAGUGGUAGUUCUGAGGUGAUCUGUCAGGAAAUUAUUAAAUAAAACUAAGAUGCAUGUACAGAAUAUUUAAAACCCUAUUGGCAGGUAUAUAACAAUGAGCUUGUGAGUGGCUUCAUCCUUGUGAUUAUCUCCAAUCCCUUUUCUUCUGUAACUCACCAUUUUACUUGAUGUAGUAAUAAAAAGUUAGGAUGAAGUAA